CGCGCGCUCACGCCUGCAGAACGCCCGCCGUCCGCCCGUACUCACGGCUCGCGCGAGCGGAGAACUCAAAACACUCCAACCGUCGACACUGAAAAGAACUAAAAAAGAACCGAGAAGCCAGCACGGCUCAACGGACGAAUAUUUAGCACCGAGCCUUCAGCUUUUCUCUCUCUGCAGUGGGAUAAAAGAAGCAGAGUUUAACAACAGUUUUCGGGAUAAAUAUGUUAGAGUUUCCGCGGGGAAAGAUACUGUUUCACGGAGCGUUGUAUCAUUUUUUCUCAAGAAGUUUGUAAAACAAGUUCGGGCGAAGGAUUAGAUGCUGUUUGUGGAUCGUUUCAGAGUUCAGAGGACGCUAUUUUGAUCUGGUGCGCGAGCGGUUGAGAGGAGAUAUCUCAAGAAGAUUACAAAAUAUGGAUUUAUCGCUUACCUGAACCAUUUAUCUUUGAAAAAUCGUCCGACAUUCUGUAUAGCAGCUGGUUUGCAGACAUUCUCGGCGUUUUUGUAAAGGAAAUAUUGUUCAUAGUCCUGAGAGACACAUUUUUGCUGUAUGACAGGACGCGUUUGCACACAGAGCCUUGAGAGAUGAAGAAGAGGAAGCUCAACUGAUUCUCUGAGGGGAAAACGCAUCUAAAUUUUAUUUUAGGUGCUUGCUGUACGUAAAAGCGAAAUUCCUUUAAUUUAGCGUCAUAAUAAGAUACAUUUGUCACACAGACUCAAAGGAGUUAUAAGAUCUCUGCCGCUCAAAACAUAUAGAUAGCCCAUAAGUGGGUUAUACAGAGCUGGUAGAGGCAGUUCAUCCGAAACCUGCUGGAUUUAAGCUGGAAGAAAAAAAAAAAAGUUUUUAGGUUUAUAUUGUAGGGGGGAAAUAUUUCCUCAAAAUCGACCUUUGGUAGUUUAAUGUCAUUUGGACUGCAGAGAAGAACUGUCAUUAAACUCCACUGACAAUUAACAUCCUCAUCGUGACACGUCUGUCAUUUACGAGCGACAGCCUGCCUGAUUUCCCGUUUGUUUACCAUUAUUCGGCUUCAUCUCUGUCGAUAUGGAGGAGUGGAGGCAGUGCGGGCGCUGGUUGAUAGACUGCAAGGUGUUGCCCCCGAACCACCGGGUUGUUUGGCCCUCAGCGAUGGUGUUCGACCUGGCCCAGGCGCUCAGAGAUGGUGUGCUCCUAUGCCAGAUGCUGCACAACCUGUCCCCUGGAUCCGUGGACCUAAAGCAGAUCAACUUCAGGCCUCAGAUGUCACAGUUUCUGUGCCUGAAGAACAUCCGAACAUUCCUGAAAGUGUGCCACGAUAAGUUUGGCUUGAGGAACAGUGAGCUGUUUGAUCCCUUUGACCUGUUUGACGUCAGGGACUUUGGGAAGGUGAUCUCGGCGUUGUCCAGAAUCUCCCACAACAGCAUUGCACAGAUCAAAGGCAUCAGGCCCUUUCCAUCAGAGGACACAGCACUGAAUGAAGAUGAUGUGUAUAGGAGUUUGGAGGAGUUGGCAGAUGAGCAUGACGUGGGAGAGGAUGACAUAUAUGACUGUGUUCCCUGCGAUGACGAUGGGGACGACAUCUACGAGGACAUCAUCAAGGUGGAGGUUAGACAGCCCAUGAAAAUGGGCAUGACGGAAGAUGACAAGAGAAACUGCUGCUUGGUGGAGAUUCAAGAGACAGAAGCAAAGUACUAUAAGACACUGGAGGACAUUGAGAAGAAUUAUAUGAUCCCCCUGAAGCAAGUGUUAACACCACAGGAGAUGGAGACCAUAUUUUUGAAUUUAGAGGACAUCAUCAAGGUCCACCUUGCACUGCUGAGGGCCAUUGACUUGACCAUGGUGACCGGGGGAAAUGGCCUGGGAAAGAUCUUUCUGGACUUCAAGGAGAGACUGCUGAUUUAUGGCCAGUACUGUAGCCAUAUGGAGAAUGCUCAGAAGACACUGGAUGAACUGAUCGCCACACGGGAAGAUGUCAAGUGUAAAGUGGAGGAGUGUACUAUGAAGGUCCAGGAGGGCAAGUUCAAACUGCAGGAUCUCCUGGUGGUCCCCAUGCAGAGGGUCCUCAAAUACCACCUUCUGCUCAAGGAGUUAGUGAGUCACUCAAUGGAUCGGCCAGAGAGACAGCAGCUUAAGGAGGCACUAGAGGCCAUGCAGGACCUGGCCAUGUACAUCAACGAAGUGAAAAGAGACAACGAAACCCUAAAGAAAAUAAGUGAAUUUCAGAACUCAAUAGAAAAUCUGCAGGUGAAGCUGGAAGAGUAUGGAAGGCCAAAGAUAGAUGGAGAGCUGAAAGUGUGUUCUAUAGUUAACCGAACCAAACAAGACAGAUACAUCUUCCUGUUUGAUAAAGUGGUAAUUGUAUGCAAGAGGAAAGGCUAUAAUUAUGAGUUGAAGGAGAUCAUUGAACUUCACUUCUACAAGAUGUCUGAUGACCCCAUGAAUAACCGUGACAUGAAGAAGUCGAGUGGAAAAAUGUGGUCGUAUGGCUUCUACCUGAUCCAUUUGCAGGGAAAACAGGGCUUCCAGUUCUUCUGCAAAACAGAAGACACCAAGCGCAAAUGGAUGGAGCAGUUUGACAUGGCCAUGUCAAACAUCAAACCCGAAAGAGCCACUGCCAACCAGCACAACUUCCAGAUGCACACAUUUGAAAAGAACACCAACUGCAGAGUCUGCAAAAUGCUGCUAAGGGGUGUUUUCUACCAGGGUUACUACUGUUCACGCUGUGGGACGGGUGCCCAUAAGGAAUGUCUGGAGGUUAUCACCAUCUGCAAAAUAAGUCCCCAUGAUUUGGAGCCUGGACUUCCACAAUCAGGUCCAAAAAUGGUGGCCAUAAGAAAUUACCAUGGUACCCCUGCCCCGCCAUGCAAGAUGCCACUCUGUUUCCAGACAGGAGAAGUCAUCGAACUUCUAAAGGGUGAUCCAGACACAUCGUGGUGGGAGGGCAAGCUCAUUCAAACCCUAAAGACUGGCUUCUUCCCAAGUUCCAGUGUGAAACCAUGCCUUGACCCUAAGCCUUUCCAGUCAUUUUCCAGCCGUCAGUCCUCCAGAGAGACGGAUUACUACGUUUAUCCCUGGUUUGCAGGAAACAUGGAGCGGCAACAAGCCGACAACCUGCUCAAGUCUCACAGUAGCGGCACCUACCUGAUUCGAGAGAGGACGGCAGAGGCAGAGAGGUUUGCCAUCAGUAUCAAGUUUAAUGAUGAAGUGAAGCACAUUAAAGUUAUCGAGAAGGACAACUGGAUUCACAUCACAGAGGCAAAGAAGUUUGAAAGCCUCCUGGAGCUUGUGGAGUAUUAUCAGUCUCACUCACUGAAAGAGAGCUUUAAACUGUUGGACACAACAUUACGGUACCCUUACAAGUCCCGAGAGCGUUCAAGCUCUCGCACCAAUACUCGCUCACCAGCAGCCUCCUGUGCUUCCUACAACUUCUCCUUCCUAAGUCCUCAGGGUCUCAACUUCUCUCAAAGCUCUGCUCCCUUCUGGUCAGUGUUCACACCCAGGGUGGUCAGCACAGCUGUGGCAAGAUACAACUUUGCAGCUCGAGACAUGAGAGAGUUGUCUCUGCGAGAGGGGGACAUCGUCAAGAUCUACAGUAAGAUCGGCGGAGACCAAGGCUGGUGGAAAGGAGAGGCCAACGGCAGAAUUGGAUGGUUUCCCUCCACGUACGUCGAUGAGGAGGGGGUACAGUGAAGAUCUGGGGUUACACAGAUCAUCCAAUUAGAUUCCAUUCUGAUCCACAGGACUCUGAGAGGACUCUUUGGUUUCCAUGGAAACACCUCAUGGAACAAUCUUUUGCUGGAAACUUAUUUCACAAUGAAUAUUUGUACUUCUGUCUCCUUUCGUCAUGUACGAAUAUGCUUUCUUUCCUUUCUCGGAAUGUCUGUGAUCUCUGUGAAGAAACCUGCGCGUUCGUUCGAGUCUGUUCAUUCUCAGUGUCAGAGGGGCUUAUGGAGAGAAACUGCGAAUGAAGCAGAACUUUGCCUUGAACUGGCCAAAGGACAAGCAUGGCUUUAAGUUGUACAGUAAUACCUGUAAAGUGUGUUAUUGGCCACUGGGGUAUAAUGGGGGUGGGGACACACACACACACACACACAUAUAUAUAUAUAUAUAUAUAUAUAUAUAUAUAUAUAUAUAUAUAUAUAUAUAUAAUUUAUUAAGAGAAAAUCUAUGAAUAAAAUGCAGUGUUGAACAUUUGUUCAACAGCAGCAGUGCAAAGAUUAUAUUUGAAAAGAAAAGAUGCACUUUGCAAUUCUUUUCAGAGAGAAUUUGCCUUAGUAAAUGGUAAUGCCUUUAGAGGUAGAGGUAAAGAGAUGGAACUCAGACUUGCACAUACUCACACACUCAUGCAUCCACCCUGUCCAGAAAUACGAUGCCUUUUAAAAUGUGUUCUUCACUCCCAACAGUGUCUGGUUUGUGUAUAGCUGCAGCAUUAAUGCCCCAUUCUAUAGCAGUGCAUGUUCACUGUCUUGUACACCCAUUAAACUGGUCUCAACCAGAGCUGGGUGGUGGAUAACCAUAAAAGAGACUGAACCUCUUUUGGACUGGAGUGAGCAGAUGACCAGAUCUGCUUACCAUCUCACUGUAACGAAGGGCAGCCAAGUGAAAGCGUCCAAUUGAUGCGGCAAUCUUUGCAAAGCCGAUUGUCGUAGCAGGAAUUGCUUUGGACUGCGAAAGAUACAGCCACCUUCACCUUCAUCAAAAGGAUGCAGAAGGGCAAUAGAGUAUCAGGAAGAUAUUCCGUGAAUGCUAUUUUUGGUGAUAAGCAUUUUUACGUCUACUUUCUCAGUGGUCCAAAGUUGGAUGGAAAAGGGAAACAAAAUUUCAAACUGAAUGCUGUUCUGUGCACUGAUGUUCAUGAAUACCCAGAGGUUUUUGUGAGUUUUUUCUUUUUUUUUUUUUUUGUCAUCUUCUACAAGCACAUACGUUUUUACCAUGCCAGACACAACUUUUCUCAUCUGCAGCCUGCCACAUUACAGUAUCUUGCCUUACUGAUUGGUGGACACUUGGUGCUACAUAUAUUAAAUUCCCUGAAUUAGGGCAGGAUUCUCUUUGCUGUUGUUGAAGACUCACUGCUGAUGAACCUCAGCCAUCAAGUGCACUUUAUCUGUCCAGACACCUUUUUAAACAGGACAUCACACUGCAGACCUGGACAUUAAAUUAUUUUAGCAAUUUUCAAUGUCCUUAUUUUUACCUUUGGAAGCAAAAUAGUACCAAAAUGAAAUCCUUGACACUAUGAGCAGUGGUCCCUUAAAGUCUUAUAUUGAACAUUACCUGUAAACUCCAUAAUGCGUGGAUGUGUCCCUCAUACAGUCCUUUGAGAAACACCUUUUGCUUUUUCCAGCCAACAAAAAUUGGCAGUAUGAAGCCGUAAUCAGAGGUAGAGAGUGUUGGACUCAUAUAAAAGAUAAGGUUCCAGUCUCGAGUACCGCUGUACACAGUGAUGGAGUGCUGCUGUUCAGGUCAAUGUAGCAUUUGCUGAGGGGCUUAAUUUGUGUAGUGGAUGAAAACCCAUUGCAUGUCAUCAUAGAUAUUACAACUCCUGUCCGUGGAUCCUGUAAUAGAUUUAAAACAAAAACACAAAAUUGUGUAGAUUUUUUGAAUGGUCAGUUAUUUGCAAACUGAGGUCUAUCAUGAAAAUAAAUAUUUCUUUUUUGUG